CUUGCGCGCGUGAAUGUGGAGCUUGCGCGAGGCAUGGAUCCUGUGCAGGCGAAGGAAUGCGGCACCCAGAUUCACACUGGAGCGCAAUGGAAGAAGCAUCCUGCAUUGCUGCUCCAGGAGCUAUCUCACGAUCGAGGAGACGCGAGAAUACUUUCCAGAGUAUCAGUCUAUGCUUCCAGAUCAAGCGGACCAUCUCGGGGUGGAGCACAUCAAGCUUCUCAACCAAGAGCUCAAGGAUCAGUCCCGCAUAGAGGCCUUGCUUGGCGAUGGCGAGAAGGAAGUGGAGGAGUACUGCCAGAUCGCGGAGCCGCUGUGGAAGAAGGUGAAGAAGCUGAUCAAAGGCGUGGACGCCUCUCGCAAUGUGGUGAGAGUCUUUCGAGAGAACGAGCUCGACAUGACCAAGGCGAUGAUGAGGGGCGUCUUGUUCAAGCUCCUCCGGAACGAGAAAUACAAGCCCGGCUGGAAAGUCGCCAACUACAUGAUCCGUUCGGAGAAGUUCGAGCUGGGAGAGCUCGACUACAUGUUCCAGAUCGCUUUCGCGGCGCUGGCCGGGUGCGAUCGAGCAGCUGAGAACAUCUUUGCGAAUCUCCCCCGGGUUUACAAGCGCAAGAAGGCGCUUCUCGUCCUCAUGGCCGGAAGUUCGCCCCAGCGAGAGAACCGGGUGGUGAUGGAGAAACUUUUCAAGGAGCUCAAGCACAGGUCGUGGUAUACCGAGGCCUCGGGGCUCAACCAGAUGAUGCUGUUCUCCUUGCAGCCGGACUUGAGGAAACGGAUACCGGAUCUCUUCGAGGAGGCAAAGUCACUGGGAGUGGCACCGGACGUGAGCUCGUACAACUUGUACCUCGGCUUCCACUGCAAGGAGAAGAACGCCAGCGGCUUGGAGGAGGUGUACCAGAUGCUCCAGGAGGACCCAAACGCGAGGCCCGAUGAGUCGACGCUGCUCAUCCUCGCUUGCGGAUACAUCUCGGUCGGGUGCUUCGACAAGGCCGGGAAAGCUCUGGUGGAGCUCGAGGAGGGACUCGACUCGGGCUUGUUCCGGAGGAAGCAGGCAACUUACAACAAGCUGCUGCGGCUGUAUGGAGACACCAAAGACAAGGAGGGAGUGGAGAACAUCUGGAGCAUCCUGAGCAGCCGGCCUCUCAAGGCCGUGGACAGCUACAGCUACGCCAUCGCCGCGUUUGGGAAAGCCGAGGGAGUCCACAAGGCGGAGGAGAUCUUCGCCAAAGUGGACGGGCUCCUGGAGACGAACCAAGUCAUCGCCAUGCUCAGCGUCUACACGCACUACGGCUACGCGGACAAGGCCCGGGAGCUCUUCCAGAAGCUCCCGCGGAAGAGGAUGAAGCACAGGCUCGUCGUUUACAAGUAUCUCAUCGCGGGCUACCUGCGUGAGGGAGAGGUGAAGAAGGCGCUCCAGGUUUUCACCAUGGGGUGCACGGUGCUGAGGGAUCGCUGCAUUUGCUCCGCGUGGGAGAGGGUGGUGCUCGAUCUGCUGGAUCAUUUCGCAAGCCGCGGGGAGGUGGCGGUGAUCGACAGGAUCUUCCGGAUGAACAGCGUGCUCAAGCAUUUCAUCAACAUGCGGGUCUACAGGGUGGUGCUCAAGGCCUACUUGAACCACGGGGCUUCUCUCAAGCGUUUCAUGGACUGGACGAUGGAGAUGGGCUUCUCCGUGGAUGCCGAGACGAGGGAGCUGCUCACGCUGCUCCAGUCGCGAUUCCGCAAACGAUAAGAGCUUGUUUUCGUUCUUGGUGGACGUGCCGGAGUGGUUAUCGGGCAUGACUAGAAAUCAUGUGGGCUUUGCCCGCGCAGGUUCGAAUCCUGCCGUCCACGGCCGAAUCUUUU